GAAGAUCCGUUCGACGUAUGCGGAUAAAUGGAAUAUAGCGUCGGUAUUACGAUUUUGCGGAUACGGAUGCGGAUACGGAUGCGGAUACGGAUGGAAUACUAGCCUAAGUAAUAAAUGAUUGAGGACAAUUUUACUCUGCUUGUUCGUACUUUUUAUUGUACUCGUAGUGUUCAGAAAUUUUUCAACAUGUCACUUAACUUCAUAUUUUACAAUUUAAUAGAUAUAAGAUUUUAUGUUUAAAAUCUCGUGCAUACAAAAUCAAAGGAUGCAUUGUGUCGAUAAUGAGCAUUUUGUAAGUUCCUUGGCAAAAAUGUAGUUAUCUCUAAUAGAUAAGUGUUAUGUCAGUGUUAUGUCAACUUUGAAUAAAAUACAUUAAUAUGUGACCUGUUAGCAUGGUUAGCAAAACAAUGCCCACUUUGAGCUUAUAAUUAUUGCAUUGAUCUGUGAAUAAACUUGUGUGACAUUGUUUUUGUCUUGAUAUAAGUUUUUUUUUUAUUGCAAACAAUACAUUUUGAAAUUAAUAAUGUUGCAAAAUGUCUCAAAUGUCAUUACUCCAGUACAUUUUGUUUAUACAUGUACCUAUUUUUUAUGAAUAUGAAUUUUGAAAUAUUCCAUGUAUUUUAAAUAUGUUGAAAUUAUAUAUUUAACUGUAUGUUAAUUAACUUAUCAGUCUAAACACAUAUCGUGAAAACAUGCAAAAUACAUGGUUAAACAGUACUUGGAAGCAACUUGAAACCACACCGACCCUGUGCAGUUUUAUGGCAGUUUUAUUUCUCCUAAUUACCCUACCAUGCUGAGAGACUGACCACAGCCCACAUGUGGCCCAUCAGCGGUAACUGUAAAUAUGCUUCAGCCAAGCCAGACUGAAUGAGCACUUUUCGUGGCAUGAUUGAUUCACUGGCAUUUUAUAACAAAGGCAAGCCCAGUUUGAUAAACGACAGAUCCGUGCAUUGUUUACUUUACACCCGAUGUUCCCAGAAAAGCAAAUCAACUCAGUGCCGUCGUAAGUUUCGAGCAGUGUAGACACUCUGAAAAGUGCCCAAGGGGCCGACACUUGGAUAACUUAUUUAUAAGGAACUGGGGUAAAUAUUACUUUAAUAAGUUUUAUUACAUUUUUAGUAAAUUUUGGGACUGAAACCCUUCUAGCUUCUGAGAUAUACAACGCAGUAACAUUUAUUAAAUAUCGGGUGAAUUAAUGUUUAUGUGAAUAUUUAAAUAGUAUUUGUAUUUUUUGUGUUAAGGUUGCAGUUAUGCAUUUGUACUUUUCAUAUGUCUAUGCGUUGAUAGAUCAUUAUUGAUUUAGUGAUUAAAUGCUGGCUGUCUAAAUAUAAUAUGUACAAAACUAUGCAAUAUGACGGUAAGGGAUAAUUUUGAAUAAAUAGAUCCCAGUUUCCGGGUGGAUGCCAUCACCACACGACGGCUCGGCAGAUAGCUGCCAUAUCUGAGAGAGAGGCGGUUUCGGCGACAAGGGCAGACCGGGACGCGCCACAACGAAGGUCGUAUUGGACACCGCUAGAUGGCCUUGGGUCAGGCGAGUGUCAUCUCUGCCAGGGUGAACCGGACAUAUUGGACGCCGUCAGAGGGCCGAGGGUCAGGCGAGUCAGGCGAGUGUCAUCUGUGCCGAGGUGGGCAGGACUUAUUGGACGCCACCAAAGGACCGAGGACUAUGCGUGUUGAUACCCCAGAAGGAGAAGAGGACAUGCAGGGCCCAGGCAAGCCCCAUAAGAAGCUCAAGGGACAGCCCAUGCCCAAAAAUGCUCUCAUGCAUCUGAACGAGCUCAAACCAGUGGUCUCCCAGACGGGCCCCAUCCAUGCGCCCAUAUUUACCAUGUUGUGUGAGGUAAACGGUCAGACCUUCACCGCCCAGGGUUCGUCCAAGAAGGCUGCCAAACGGGCUGUGGCAGAGCAGGCCCUGACGUCCUUCGUACAGUUCCCAAACGCAUCAGACGCCAAUUCCGCACUAGGUGGCCAGCCCAUGAUGAACAUGGACUUCACAUCGGACAAUGCCGAGAUCGUCAUUCAACAUUUCGACUCUAACACGUACAACCAGGGAACCUUCAUGGCAAAAACGGCAGCAUUAGGGAUGGGUAUGAUGGGGCCCAUGCCGUACAAGAAGGGCAAGGCCUUACAGAACUACGAGGGGAAGAACCCCAUCAUGGUGCUCAAUGAGCUGAGGCCAAACCUUAAGUACGGGUGCAUAUCGGAGACUGGGGAGAAGCACAGCAAGCAGUUCACGAUGGCUGUCAUGCUCGAUGGGGUCCAGUUUAAGGGAAGGGCACGCAACAAGAAGCUGGCCAAGGCCAGAACUGCGCAGGCUGCUCUCACUAAGGCCAGGGCUGCACAGGCUGCUCUCACUAAGGCCAGAGCUGCGCAGGCUGCUCUCACUAAGGCCAGGGCUGCACAGGCUGCUCUCACUCAGAAGUUUAAUCUGAGCUUUACCUGGGCACCAAGUCAGGACGUGUUUGAAGCAUUCUACAAGAAGGACCUUGCCAAGCGCCUUCUGGUUGGGAAAAGUGCCUCUGUGGAUGCAGAGAAAUCCAUGCUCUCCAAGCUUAAACAAGAGUGUGGUAGUGGUUUCACAGUAAAGUUGGAGCAUAUGUUUAAAGAUAUGGAGCUGUCAAAAGACAUCAUGCUGGCAUUCAAACAGUCUAUGCAGUGUGAGAAGCACGGGACGGGUAUAGAGCUGACUGUGAACAUUCUCACCAUGGGCUACUGGCCCACCUACACACCCAUGGAGGUCCAUCUACCUGCAGAGAUGGUGAAGCUUCAGGAAGUGUUCAAGAAGUUCUACCUGGAAAAGCAUAGUGGUCGCAAGCUUCAAUGGCAGCCCACCCUCAGCCACUGUGUCUUGAAAGCAUGUUUCUCAGGAGGCAAGAAGGAGCUGAAGUUGUCUCUGUUCCAGACCCUCUGUUUGCUGCUCUUCAACGAGGGAGACAUGUUCUCCUUUGAGGACAUUAAGACUGCCACAGCCAUAGAGGACACUGAGUUGCGCCGCACCCUACAGUCCCUGGCGUGUGGUAAAGCUAAAGUGCUGUUAAAAGCUCCAAAGAGUAAGGAUGUUGAAGCCAGGGACAAAUUCAAGUUCAACGACGACUUCAAACACAAGCUCUACCGAAUCAAAAUCAACCAGAUUCAGAUGAAAGAAACGCAAGAAGAAAAUGUGAGCACGACAGAGCGGGUGUUCCAGGACCGUCAGUACCAGGUGGAUGCAGCCAUUGUGCGCAUCAUGCAGACGAGGAAGAGUCUCACACAUAACCUUCUGAUAUCAGAGCUCUUCAAUCAGUUGAAAUUCCCUGUCAAGCCGGCUGACUUGAAGAAGAGAAUUGAAAGUUUGAUAGACAGAGAUUACAUGGAGAGAGACAAAGAUAACCCCAAUUCAUACAACUAUGUAGCCUAAAUAAACUUUCAAGUAGUAAAAGUUUGGGUUGUUUCCCUUUGUAUAAUAGGGUUAUCUACCUCAAAAGAUUGAUUUCAUUUAAAAUCUAAUGAUGAAAAAUGGGAAGGAAGUGAAAAGUUAUGUCUUUAUUUUGUGUUAAAAAAGGUUUAAUUAUAUUUCAGUAGUUGUGCUGGUUGAAAUAACAGUGUAUAUUUUAACUUUCAUUACAUGCAGUACAUACAGUUUUCAAAUCCAACCCUUGUAUUGUGGAUGGAUCGCUUAAAGCGGGACUGCAUGAUUUUGUCAAAUAUUUAUUAAUUAAUAUAAAAUGUGUAAAAAACUUAUACAUAUAUUUCAAUAUAAAUUAAAAUAAAAGUUAAGAAGAACAUUUUGUGUUAUUGUAACAUAUUUUUAUCAAUAUAUUACUCUUUAAUACAUAUAAAAACCAUGCAGUCCCGCUUUAGUGGUUUUUUAAGUGAACAAUUAUCGCAACAAAUUGGUGAUGAUUCUUGCGAAAUUUUUUCAUUUAUUUAAGACAAUUAUUAUUCAAUACUUUUGUUGCUCCAUUAUGAUUUUGUUCAAUGUUAAAGAUUGUGUUCUGACAAAACUUGGGUACUUAUUCGCAAAGAGAAUAUUUAAUUACUGAUAAGUUUAUGUAAUAAAGUAUUAUGUAUAUAAAAGAUUUGUGUUAAGAGGUUAAAAAAGGACAAAGAGAGGAAGGAGAGAUAAUUUGUUGGCUUUUGUGUGCUGAGUUAUUUAUAGCGUUUACCUUUGCAUUGAUACAAACUUCACAUCACUUUUAUAUUGUACUGACUGUAUGAUCAGUUACAGAUCUCAGUGAAAAAAAUGGGUUUUUUUACUAAAAAAUAUUAUAAAUAUGAUAAUUCAAUCUUAAAAUUAUCUAAAGCAGUCAUUAAAGAUCUCUUCUUCUAUUGAAAAUAGUAACAUGAAAUAAAAGAUUGUAUAUUGUGUGAUUUUGUUGAUUUAAAUGAGCUUAUUUCUUUUCUUUACUGAAGCAUUAACAAUUCCCUAUCAAUUAAAGUCUGAAGAAGUUUCUUAAGCUGUGCUUAUCAUAAAUAGUGGUAAGGCUCACCCAUUAAAAUAACUUUUUGAUCUUUUAAAGACACACUUAAAUAAUAAAUACACUUUUUAUAGAGAAAGUUCACUUCAUUGUGGACUAUCCAUAAUACUCUGAUUACGAAAGAUAUUGUACCUAUUAAUGUGUGUUAAAGAAAUCAGCCGGUGCUGGGAAUAAAUGGGCCUAAUGCAUGUGUCAUCCCAGAUUAGCUUGUGCAUUCAACACAGGCUUAUCAGGGUCUACACUUUCCAGCUAGACUAGAUUUUCUUUAAGAAGAGACUUCCUUUAAACAAAUAAAUCUUUAAGAGCGGAAAGUGUCGUCCCUGAUUAGUCUGUGCGAACUGCAAAUGCUAUAUGGGAUGACAUAACACAUUUGCAAUAAGUCCGGUAUUCCCAGAACAUGACAAAACCAUCUUAUCAUCUGUGAAAUUCUAUUUGCAGUACAUUGGUAAAUUAUAACUUUCAUAUGUUUACCUUAGUUGUUAGUUCAAGUUGAGUUUGGCUGGCUACUGUUUGUGUUUCUGUUUACUAUUACUACCACACCUGAAUGCUUUAUGCCGUUGGUGAUAUUGGUUUAAUUGAGAAUUAUAGUGCUUGAUGCUUUCGGUAAGUCUUUUCUUAAGCCCGAGUGCUAUUCCUUUUGUUCUAUAUUGUUCAAUUGGAUUAUUUUUUAAUUCGAUUGCUUUAUAUAUAUUUAAAUCGGAACUUAUGGGUAUUUAAACACUCACUUGAAAUGUCAGAUGUGAAUUGUACAUGUUUAUAGAUACAUAAACCGCUGUUAAAUACAAGGCCAUAUUUUUAUGUUUUAUAUAUGUCUUAUGUGUUGUAAUUUGUGGCCCGUUUUGACCUGUAACCUGUUUGACUCGUAGUCGGCUGGACUUUAGAUCGGCUUGCUUUGCUACCCGUUUCAAACUUUUUUUUUAGCAUUCUUUGUUAAUAAUAUAUCGGUAAACCAUAUAAACAUGUUUCCAUAUGCUUUGUUGUUUGUAAAGUUGUACAUACUAUGUUUGAUUGUUCAACAUUGAAUUUGGUUUCGUAUAAUAAAAAUAGUGAAUACACGAA